AUGUCCAACCCGGCCCAGCUCCUCAGCCUGGCACCCAAGCACAUUAGCAACGAGACCCGCCCAGCCAACACGGGGGGAGCCCGCAAGCGCGCCCAAACCCACCCGGCGAUGUGGCCGUACAGGGGGGCCAGAGCCACUGCUAGGAUCGAAAACGGAACGGCGGCACGGGUAGGAGGGCCAACCCCGAGCCCAAAGUUCGGCGCGCACACGGCAUGGAAGCACUUCUUCCAGAUGGUCGCGCUGGGCGGCGGGCCCGGUCCUCACCAGCGACAAAUUGCCGGCCAGCACCAGCAUAGCAGGUCGGAGCAGCUCAAGACGGACCUCGACGAUGACACGACGACGGCCACCUUCAGCGACGACUUCUGUGCCGCCUCCCCGAUCGAUGACCUCCGAGCCGCCCCAUUCUCUCUUAACUACAAUCCCGACCUCCCCUUGCUCAAAGACUCGACGCAUAGGCAUAUCGAGCGCAUAUUCACGUCUCUCCGCGGCCGAGAAGGAGACUACAUAACUCGCGAGAAGCUGGAGGAGUUCCUCGUCGAGACACAAGGCGGCCUCGUUCGGCCCCUUGAGAAGGAGCGCUACAGCCUCGGCGACUUCGUCUACGUCUGGCUGCACGACUACAGCGUGGCCCUGAAGCCGGCCGCGAAAAAGGACCUAUCGAAGCCCAUAACGAACUACUUCAUCAGCAGCAGCCACAACACAUAUAUCGGGCUGGGCAACCAGCUCAGCGGCGAGGUGUCUGCCGAUGCAUACCGGACGGUACUGGAGGGUGACUGCCGGUGCGUGGAGAUCGACGUCUGGAAUGGCGAGGGAUACACAGAGAGGCCCAGGACUCCCACCCCGAGCAGGUCGAAAUCGCCGAGUCGGGACGUGCACAAGCACAAGAGGAACCCCUCGACCCUCUCAACGAGCUCCAUCCACUCGCUCCCGGCGGCAGCGCAGUCGUUCGCAGACAAGAUCGACCAGAAGUGGCACGAGCUGUCGGGGAGGAAGCACGAUCGCAAGAACAGCUCCAAGCUCAGCCUCGCCAGCGCCAGCUUGAGCUCGCUGCACCUGGCGCUGCCGGCGGCGAGCCACAGCUCGACGUCUCUUGACCCGGCCGACUUGCUGGAUCCAAACGACCUCAGCCCGCCGCUGCGCCAUGUCCGCUCGGCUGAGGGCCUGAGACUGCAGGCGCAGAGCAAUUCCAGGUCGCGCUCAAGGUCAAGGUCGAGGGAGCCGCGUAGCCACAGGAUAGAACCGGAGGUGACGCACGCCCACACGGUUCAGGGUCUGGGUGACUUGGGUCUCGCGAAGCGUAUCCCCUUACGCGAGGUAUGCCGGGUCAUCAAGGAGUCAGCUUUCAAGACGAACAAACUGCCGCUCGUCAUCAGUCUCGAGUGCCAUGCCACGGGCGAGCAGCAGGACAUGAUAGUCGAGAUCAUGAAACAAGAAUGGGGAGAUUAUCUUCUGGAUGAGCCGCUCCAAGAGUGCGACCCAAGUGUGCGGCAGCCGAGACUCGAGGAGCUGAAGGAAAAGAUUCUUGUGAAAGUCAAGAAGGCGGCCCCGACGGGCCUCACCCUGUUGAAGGGAGGCAGCCAGCUGACGGUGCCUACGAGCACGUGGCACGAUGAGGACGGCUCAGCGUCAGAAGACGAAAGACUGACGAUCUCGGGAGAGACCAGAACAGAGACUGGCGAGCUGGCUCAGGUAGUCAAGGCGUCCAAGUCCCUUAUCCGUGAGACGCUCGGAAAGCUGGCGAUCUACACACACAGCGAGCAUUACAAGGACUUCUCCGCGCCGGCGGCCAAGUCGCUCUCGCACAUCUUUUCCAUCGACGAGUACAAGAUACUGAAGCUUCACCAAAGCAAGCAUCGCGAGAUGUUCACGCACAACCGUGACUUCUUCAUGCGCGCGUACCCACACUCUACCCGCGUCAGCUCGACCAAUCUCGACCCCUCGAUAUACUGGCGGAAGGGAGUCCAGAUGGUGGCCCUGAACUGGCAGCGGGCGCAUGUUGAUGAGGCAAUCAUGCUCAACAGCGCCAUGUUCGAGUCCGAGCAGGGCUGGGUACUCAAACCCCAGGGCUACUUGGGCAGUGACGAGACAACAUCACAGGCCGACGCCGGGCAACACCGCGCUCUGAUCUUCCGCGUCACCAUCCUCGCCGGGCAGCUCCUGCCUUUGCCCGGGGAGCCCGACGACACCGGCAGCAACGCCAGCACCGUGUCCAGCGUCAGCACGUCUGACGGCACCGCUUUCCAACCGCUGGUCAAGUGCGAGCUGCACGUCGAGACGCCCGAGGAGCGCUCUGAGAAGAAGGCCAUCAAGAGCGGCCUCGUCCAGGACGGCCAGUACAAGAUGCAGACCAGAAGCAGCGAGACCGAGAACCCUGACUGGGGCAUGGGCCAAGAGCUCAAGUUCCCAAGAAUAGACAGGGUCGUGGAGGAACUCAGCUUCGUAAGCGUUGGCUGCGUUGGCAAUGCAGACCCUACCCGAAGAGGGGGGCUGCGAGAAACAGGCUCGCAGACUGAUGUCGGAUUUGAGUCCCUCACCGGUGUGGAGAACGGGGGUAUGGUGCGGCUCGCCUUCGUGCCCAUUCACUUUUGA